CUUAAUCACGGAAACGCUACAGACUCUGUUUUCAUUCAGAAAGAAGCAUGAUUAUAUCAAGGAUGUUUGUGCGCUAAAUUUUCGGAAAUUUAUUAAAUGGGAAGUGUUUCGAAUUUCGGAAUAAAAUCAAAAUGAAGUCGUACGAUAUGGGAACCAGCCGAUACGGUGGUGGACCGAGCACCAGUAAAUAUGGCGGAAGUAGCGGAUACGGCGGGAGUAGCUAUCUAAACACUUCGUACGGGACACCCCGGUCCACUUACAGACAAUCCAGCUACGAACCCAGGCUCUCUUCCUAUGUAUCUGGAGGAUCCGUUAUGGAACGCAUUAAGCAGUUAAAUCCGGAAUCGCGAAGCGGAAGUUAUACACCGCUCAACAGCCGUCGAGCGGCGCCUCAGCGGGACUACAGUGCUGGUGCAACUUCGUUUGACAAAUAUUCCUCCCGAAGUGCUGGAAGUGAUUACAGUGCAAACAAUAGUUUAAAUCGUUCUGGAUAUUUAUCAGACUAUGGUGGGAGUAACCCUUCGCUUUAUGGAUCGUGGGAUAGAACGUCGUCGCGGUCCGGGCGGUAUGGCGGCGCUAGUCGGGAGACGUCUCCAGUCAGCUCCCGGGCGCCUCCUCCUAGACAGUACGACUACAGCAGCAGCGCCACGCCGUCGCCUUACUCGACGUACGUGCGAGGCUCGGAGGUCCAGCGUUCACCGAGCAUUCAGGAGGCCCAGCGUUCACCGAGCGUUCAAAACAGGUACGAGAGGCAGAACUCUUCUAGGUCAGACGUCUAUGAAGAGUCGCCACCGUCUCGACCUAGGCGAAAGUGGGAGGAGGACGUGUAUGGAGCAGCUAAGAAACGCGAAACGUCUCGCGAUCCAUUACCGGAACCGGUGAAACCGCCUCCGAAGGAUUACUCAAGUGACUCAGACGAUAGUGCACCUGAGGACGACAAAGGUCAUGCCGCUAGAUACUUAAUGAGCAGGGGUACAUCCCCAAUGCCCGAACCGGGUACCAGUAAACGCGACCGACGGUCGAAAGAGUUGAAUAGCGCGAUAAGUAAAGUUAAAAGAGUAAAAUGUCCGGCUAAAGACACUCGUGUUCGAAAGGGUGAUUUAAAACGUCGGAAGCUUGUAGACUGUGCUACUCAAACUAACUUGGAUGAGAAGGCGUCUUCAAAAAGAUCGCGACCGAGUGGGGGCAAUGCAGAAAAUCGUGUGUCGAGAGAAGAAAUGGCGAAAAUGGCCGCGGCCGCCCUUCUUAUUACUGAUGAUAAUGAGGGAACGAGCGAGAAUUUUUACAAACAGCGAGAAAAGUUCCAACAAGCAAAUGCACCGUUAUCGCCUCCCUAUAAUAAACGCCAAGGCGGUAAUUUUGAGCAAGAAAGUAUGUCCCCUCGGAGUCCUCGCCAGGCGGCUGUGUCACCUGGCUGGCGGAACGCCGUCUAUGACGACACGCCGCCUCCAAAGGUUCGUAACGAGGAGCGAGAGUCGCGAUUUGCUGAAAGUUUGGACGUUCCUGACGAGAAAACAUGGCGGAAAUCAGUUUACGGGGAGCCCCCGGCUCCCGGGCUGAGCCGACUGAAACAUUAUCAGACCGAGGAAGACUUGAGAAUAGCCGUUGAUGGGCCUCGGACCCACUGGAAACCUAAAACAAGCACCCCUAGGCCGCCUAUUUUACAGGAGCAGGACAGUACCGAAUCUCCCGAGGAGGUACGCCCGCCGCCGAUGAGGGAUCGCCGUUCACAUCAAGAGGUCGAGACAGAGAAACGGCGCUCUCAGCAGUCAGAAACGGAGAAACGGCGCUCCCAGCAGUCAGAAACAGAGAAACGGCGCUCUCAAAACGACAACGAAGGAUACCGUAGGUCUUCCUCACGCGACAGUAUGUUGGAUGAUAAGCCAUCUCGUCGGCGACAUCAGCGCACCUCCAGUCGCGACCUUCUAGACGAAUCUGAGAUGUCACAGCAAAGUGGUCGAACUGCUUUGACUCCCGAUACGCUUUCUUUACGUGAUAGCAUAGAGAAGGUCCAGAGCUGGAAACAGAAGCUCCCUCCAGGAAUCCAGGACACUAAUAAGCAUCUUAAAGCGGAAAUUUUGGACCGGCAUCCGGAGACUGGGUUCCCGAAAAGUGACUCUGGCGAAUAUUUUUCAGCUCAGGAACACAAUCAUUCGAUUUCCGGCCGAGGUCAAGAUCCACCACAGAAGUAUCACGAUCAGAUGUAUGGGCAGGAGCAUUCGCCGAUGUCACCUAUGUCACCUCCGUACGACCGUCAUACGUCCGAGGAGGACAUCCUGUCUCCGGGCGGUAAUCGACGUAAGCGCGGAAAACGUCACAUGUCCCGAGAAUUGUCCCAGGAAAGUAGCGUCUUCGAUGAAGAUCGCACGCAUCACCCUGUGAACAAAGAGAAAAUGAGAAAAUCCGAAUUAAAUAGGUCGGCAGAAAAAGAAAGAAGGGAGCUUGAGGAUCUGGAGCGUCGACGCCGGAUAUACGCCGGUGAAGAUCCGCAGGUAGUUGAGGAGUCAUUGCGUCAGCAAAGGGGUGAUAUCGUUUCGCCGGAUGAUAGUUAUCGCGGAGAGUCGCCGUCAAGGCGUCGGUCACGGUACACUUCGAGAAACAACUCGCGAGAGGAUAUGCUAGAAGAAAAACGCCCGCGCUCAAAACGGGAGUCCGAUCCCCAUGCGAGCGAUAGUUCCCAUUGCUUCAAUAGGGAGGGCUCUCCCAACAGACCCGGAUCGCGGUCCAAGCGUCGUAGCCGACCAAGCUCUCAGGAAGCGAUCCUAGACCAGGAUGACGGGAAGUACAUCCGGCCACACAGCAUGGUUGUGUCGAAUGAAAGCCUCGCGCAGAUGAGCGCCGCCAGCUCCAUCCCGUCAAUGCAUUCGGCGCAAACGGACGACGGAACCAUCCGAAACUCUAUACAUUCGGUAGAAUCGAAUGAGGUGCAGGAGAUCCCGUCGGACGAGCACAUCCCACAAUCCACGUCGCACGAGUCUAUGACCACUUCAGGUGGCUCACUUCCGGACAUAGUCCCGGGCGAAGACCUCUCGACAAGAGGGCACAUUUCGAAACAGAACGCCAAGAAACAGGCAACGAAACGGUCCGGUCUGAUCGGUAAAAUGGAUGACAUCGAUAAUCUCCUCAAUUUCAGCCCCAAUGAGGAGGAGUUUGUGGAGCGAGGGGCGGGCCUGAAGGAAAUCAUCCGCCAGAGCGCGCCCCACAUUAUGGACCAACCCGUCCCUCGCGACCCCUCGCCGCUCAGACCGCAGAACUCAGAAGAGAGGCUUAUUGAUAUCGACGAGCCGGGCAAAGUUUCGCCUCUGGCCGCCCCCUCCCCGGCUUCCGGGAGGUCGCGCGCGGCUUCAGAGGACCGGAAAUCCCACGCUCCGCCUCCCAAGUCAGCCAGUGCUGGGAAAGAGCCCCAGUUCGGCCAGGAGAUGUGGGACCUUCUGAAGGCCAAGAAAGGAUUGGUCGUCAUCGGCGACAUCUUGGAACUGUGCAUUAAGCCCAAAAAGCCGAGGUUCAUCCGGGUUCAUGGAAAAGAUGAUGACGAGAAGAGCUUCCGCGGUUAUGACACAGCCAAUGAGCUGCUGGAAAGCUUGCAGGUGGAUACCAAAAAGUUGGAACAGUGUGCACUACAGAUCUACCGUUACCACAAUGGCACGCAGGGUGACUACAGCACGUACCUUGAUCUCGAGUCCACAAUCCACGAACAGUCUGAGGACUUGGAUAACUUUGAGGACCACAGUUACCCCGCGACAAGUUCCGAACCCAGGAGGAAGAACGCCUUGAUAUUACGUACCCAGCUCACGGUCCGAGUCCAUGCUGUGAUAGAAAAACUACUGAAUUCCAACGGACGUGAGCUGCGCCGUGCCUUAUUCUCACUCAAACAGAUCUUUCAGGAUGACAAGGACCUGGUUCAUGAGUUUGUCAACAACGACGGACUGGACUGCCUUAUCAAGGUUGGAGCCGACGCCGACCAGAAUUAUCAGAACUACAUACUCAGAGCGCUGGGUCAGGUGAUGCUAUACGUAGACGGAAUGAAUGGCGUAAUAAAUCACAACGACACCAUACAGUGGCUCUACUCCCUGCUAGCCUCAAAGUUUCGACUGGUGGUCAAGACGGCUCUCAAGUUGCUGCUGGUGUUUGUGGAGUACACAGAGACCAAUGCUCAACAUCUCGUGCGUGCUGUCAAUGUAGUAGACAAAAAGAGAAUUGUGAAGCCGUGGACAAACGUCAUGGCUAUAUUAGACGAAAAGGACGGAGGGGACUCAGAGCUUCUUGUCUACGCAAUGACACUGCUCAACAAGGUUCUGAGCGCAAUCCCGGACCAGGAUACAUUCUACGACGUGGCAGACUCACUUGAAGAGCUUGGUAUGGAGCGUAUUACAUCGCGGCACAUGAACAAAAAUGGGGCUGACCUUGAUCUACUGGCACAGUUCCAGCUGUUUGAGUCUGCCCUGAAAGCCGAGGAUGGGGAGGAUGAUGAGGUCGGCCCCCUGGAGAAUCUCAGACGAAUGCCACGCAUCAAGAGCGAGGCCAGCAACGAACGCAAGAGUCGCCGCUACUCCACGGGCGUCACGCCAAACAAGUCCAGUGGCGGUAUGAGCAAACAGAGUAGCGCCCCCUCGUUGGUGGAUGUUGACCAGAAGGCGGCUGAGGAAUACAAUCGACGCAAGAUGAAACUCAAAGAGCGGGGAGCCCUGUUACCGGCAGAGCACGAGCAGAUUGACCAGAUGCCAGACAAGGCUCGAUUCAAACACCUACACCAGCUCAAUGAUGGGACAGAGGAACCUUCGUAUGUUAACGGCUCAGGAAAAUCUGAAUCAGUUAGUUCUGACAUUGUCACGGACCCACCUCUUACAGCUGAUACUCCGCGGACCCGCCGCGAUCGGCGUGCCCGGCAACGGGACUUUAUUAACGCAAUGCAAAGUGCCGCACCCCAGAUUGCACAGAUGUCAGGCGACAGAAUGUCUGUCGCCAGCACGUCCUCCACAAGUACUUGUAGUAGUAACAGUAGUGCACCUGCCGUUGUCAGGGACGCAACACAGGCUGACACUAAGCGUUAUUCCUCGCUGAGUUCGCUCAGCGAUGUUGAGUCACUGGACAACCAAAAACAAAUGAUUGGUCGGGAUCAGCCACCUGAUAGGCUGCAUGGACCUUCACAAGUACACGAGGAAUCUGGCUACCAGUCCACAGAUGACCUCGGAAGGUCAAGGACAGAAAACUCUUUCAACGAAUCUCAGUUACAAAAUGGUGACGACCAGGCAAUGUCGAACAAUAGACGUUGGUUGCUGUAUAAAAUGCAACACAAGGAUGAUGAUGGGCCACAACCUGUUAGUAACACGCAAAAUGUGAUAAACGAUCAUGGGCGAGAUGUAAAUCAGAACUCUCAUACUGAUAAUAAACUCGAAAAUGAGAAGAACAACAAAGUGAAAUCUGAGUUGGAGCGUUUGCACGGCAAGAAGCCUGAGGAAGAGGGUCCAAAGAAAGCAAGUGGUCCAGCAGGGGAUAAAUCAGGGCUUAUCAGUCAACGAUUGGAGAGUCUCAAUAAGAAAAAUGAACCCUCUAAACCAGAGCCAGUCAUUCAUAUGUCAGAUGUUAAACAAACUGAAAGUGAACUGCAGUGGGAAAGACUUCAAAAAAAGUUUCAUCGCUCCUUGAAAAUCAACGACAUGGAUUUUACGGAUUUAAAAGAUGUGGAUGACGAUGAUGUGUUUGCCCCACCGAAGCUGGUCUUUGGUGAAGGGUCCAUACCAGUGCCCCCACCGCCCAUGGCUGGCAGUGGCAUGGUCCCCCCACCACCCAUGUUUCCUGGUAUGCCACCGCCUCCUCCCAUGUUUGGAGGGCCACCGCCUCCCCCUGGCAUGGGACUGCCCCCUCCACCACCAAUGGGAAUGGGCGGGGCACCCACAAUAAUGGUAGACUUGGGCCCACCUCCUGCGGCUGAUCUCAAGAAAACGAAAAAGACUCUGAAACUUCAUUGGAAGAUUGUGCAACCAGAACAGCCCCAUCCAUCCACUAAGGGGGAGACCAUUUGGAAAAAUAUUGUGCCAAUCAAAGUGAACCCCGACCAGCUGGAGCACCUCUUUGAAACCAGGCAGGCCGAGCUUAAAGCAAAGCGCCAAGAGGCAGGGGCUAAGAAGGAGAUCACAGUGUUGGACCCGAAACGCUCCAACGCCAUCAACAUUGGUCUGACCGUUCUCCCUCCACCACGGACCAUCAAGACGGCCAUCUUGAAAAUGGACAACUCCAUCAUGAACAAGGAAGGCAUAGAGAAAAUCCUCAACACCAUGAUACCAUCAGAAGAGGAAAAAGCGAAAAUCCUGGAGGCCCAGCUGGCCAACCCUGACGUCCCCCUGGGCACAGCAGAACAGUUCCUGCUCACCCUGUCCUCCAUUAAUGAGCUGUCAUCACGCCUCAACGUGUGGCUCUUCAAGCUCGACUAUGAGAGCAUUGAGUCGUCCUUAGUGAAGGAAAUUGCUGAGCCUUUGAUGGACCUGAAAAAAGGAAUGGACGAGCUCCAUGGCAACAAGACAUUCAAGUACAUCCUGUCGGCAAUCCUCACUGUCGGCAACUUCCUCAACGGCACACCGGUGCGUGGUUUUAGUAUAGAGUACCUUGCUAAGGUUCCGGAGGUGAAGGACACGGUACACAAGCACUCCAUCCUGCAUCAUCUGUGUAUGAUCAUCAUGGAGCAGUUCCCAGAGAGCACUGACCUGUACUCAGAGAUUGGAACACUCACACGAUGCUCAAGGGUGGACUGGGACGAGUUGAAACGCAAGCUGGACCAUCUUGAACUGGACUGCAAGGCCUCAUGGGACAACCUUCGUGCAAUAAUCAAACAUGAUGGCAGUACCGUCUCUCAACUCAAGUCCAAAAUGUCCGAGUUUCUACAGGAUGCGGCGGAACGAAUCAUGAUUCUUCAGAUUGUACAUACACGGGUCAUCAAUAGAUAUCACAAGCUGCUCCUCUACAUGGGCUUACCUGUGUACCAGGCUAAGGACCUGAAAAUCAACUCUUUCUGUAAAAUAGUCAGCGAGUUUGCGCUCGAGUACCGGACCACACGCGAGAAAGUCCUUCAACUCUUGGAAAAGAAGGCCAAUCAAAGGGAACGCAAAAAGACUCGCGGAAAGAUGAUUGUUGAUGUGGGCAAGUUCAAGAGUUCAAAGGGCGGGUCUUCCAAGAAGGGUUCAGAGGAUGAGGAGGCAUUACAGAAGGUGCUUGCCAAUGGCUACACAAGUAGCGACGAUCGGGGGUUGCCAGGGAGACAGAGACGCAGCAGGUUGGGACCAGCAGACACAGCAAGUUUGAAAAGGAGCAGCCUAUCGGGGUCGCGUGGUUGCCUGACAACAGAUUCAGAGAUGUACGACACAGGGGAUGACGAGCUACUGGAGGCCUGCGUUCGUACUGCCACCACGCCAACCACUCGGGCCCCACGUGAGCGGAAGAAGGGGGCACGUAAUCGAAAAUCUUUCCAAGAUAGUGAUACUGAACAUUAGUCUACGAUCAGUAUUUGACCACAUAGGUUAGCUUGAGGAGAACCUUGAAGAAUGGACUUGAUGCGGAAGAAAUGAGUGCCAUCACUAAAUCAGAGAAAGUAUAAACUGCUUUGUUAGCAGAAUAGCGAAAAAGUGUGAGGAGUCAUCCGAAGUGUAUGUCCAAGUCUUCCAUUCUGCAAGAAUUAUUGCUGUUUCAUGUUCUGUGCUGUCAAUAAGAAUGUACUUAGAGAAAUCAUUAUACACUGUCAAUGAUCUGCAUUGACAGAACUAAAAUAAAAAUGUUAUCUGUUUUGGAAUGGUUGGGUUUAACAUUUUAAGUGUAUAGUUUUUGUUAACAUAGUAGUAUUAAUGUCAACAUAAAAAUGAGAUUACUAUAAUGUGCUUUCUCAGAUUAGUAUCUGAUGCCUUCAUAAUUGUGUCUUGUAAAAAAGAUGUUUGUCAUCUUUAAGAUAUUGUUAAGAUCAAGUUGUGGUAAAAGUUGUAUUUAUUAAAUGUGUAUUGUUUGAGAAGUAAGAAUUUAAUUAAGAAUUAUCCUAUCUAUAUUUGUUAUGUGUUUGUACAAAGUUCUUUAAUCUAUAUUUAUUUAUUGUUAGAUCCAAUAUGCAAGUGCUUAAAAAUCUUUAAUGUUUACUAACCUGUUAUUCUUUAAUUAAUUUAUACACAUAUAUAUAUAAAUUAUUAAACCAUUAGUUUCUAUAAAUGUAUUGGGAAAAAAAGACUGUUACAAUUGGGGUAAAGAACAAUACUGGGAUAUUUGACAACACACAUAAAUAUGGAUGUAGAGAAUAUUACUUACUGAAAUAUCUACAUGUAUCACAUCAAUUUUCAAUUUCAUAUGUUUUCAUUGGUUUGGAUUUUUUAAAUGAUCUUUUUUAUUUCAUUGGAAACAUAUACUAGAACUAUGCGUCCAUAUUGAGAACAAUGUAUAGAUGUACGGGAAUGGUAAAAUGUAACUAGAUUGUUAUGGUGAUAGUAGAAGAAUCCUAUUUUUGUAUUCAUGACAAAGUUGUAAAUGUUCUGACUGCCAUUUUUGAUCCGAUUAUUGACAUGUAGGUGUGAUAUUAUUGUUUUGUUUAUUUCGUGCCAUUGACCACAUGCCCCCCUUCCAUCUUGUUUGCAUUUUAUAACAGAAGCUGACACAUGCCUUUGUUUAUGUGUGUUACAAAGAUGAUUCAAAGCAGUUAUUUUAUUCUACAGGCUUUAUUACUUGUUGGCUUUUAGUAGUUGUGGGUCUUAUUGCUACAUCUAUUAUCAUCAUUUUAAUAUUUAGGUGCAGCGUUAUCUUUUCUCUUUGUCACCAUCAGUUUUCAUGUUACUUUAUGUACCAUGAAAAUAUUGAGGUUAAGGUUUUUUAGCAACUUACAAUGCAUUUCAAGUACCAUAUAACCAAAUGCUUUGUAUAGAUAGUGAAUGCUUAGAGCUUUGGUUCUUCUUCUACAUUAUUGUCUUUGUUAUUUUUUGUAAAAAACAGUUUCCAAAGUAUUUGUUUAUUUAUUUUUUAAUAAAAAUGUGUAUUGUUGUAACUUCAGUGUGUGUUACUAGUUUGACAGAAAUCCUGAUAAUUUUACAUUAAGUGUAAUAUACCCAUAUUGAGGUAUAAAUGUUUUCUAAACUCACAUAUUUAUUCAGUUCUUACAUAAAAUAUAUAUGUUGCAAAAGUAAUUCAACUUAUAGUAUGUAAUCUUGUAAGUAUUGUUAAAGUAUUAAAUGGCAUGAACUCUUUUGCAUUGGUUUAAUUCUCGUCAUUUACAUUUCAAUGUAUUUAUUAGUCCAUGAACUUGUGUUGUAUUAGAUAAAUAUCAUGUAUAAGUGCAAUGACCUUCUACUGACCCUGUGAAAAUUACUAACUAAACACUUUAAACAUCUUGCCAUUUGUUUUUGAUAAAUGAUUUAUAUGGUUUAUUAAAAAAAAAAACCUGCUGAUCUGCAAAAUAAAAAAGAACAACUGAUACAUUUGAUGUUUUUUUAUUGAAAGGUUAUUAAACUAUCUGUUGAUUCAGGACAAAAGGCAAACACAAGUUGUACAGUGUAACACAGAUUGCAUAAAUGUGCAAUCAGUCAUCUAUGGUAUGAACACAUUUUAAAUAUUCUGUGAUUGGCUUUAUAUUCAAUUUUUAUAAUUUAAAAAGUAAUGACAAUAAUAGUAAUUUGUUGACAGUUUGUCUCUUUGUGUGUUUUAUUUGAAAAUGUUUAAGCUCUAAAUCUUAUUAAACAAAACAAAUAUCUUGCCAUAUAUACGUCUGUGCAUAUAAAAUAUACAAAACAUGCAUUCUUUAUUGCUAUAAUUGCUUUUAGACAAUAGUGCAGGAUGUCUUUCAGUAUUGUAUUUAUUAACUUAAAGGUAAAACGUCGCAUACAUUUAAAACCUAACCACACAUAUUUAGUACACAUGUAUAUCCAAAUACAGUUCACUUCCAUAUGUAGUUAAUGUCUUUAAAUAUAUUGCAUUGAAGUAUGCAUACACAAUCGUAUCAUUCAUUAAUUCCAUUCUGUAAUAAAUAAUAUUCUGGGAUAACCUGAAUAGUUACCUGGAUCACAUAGAGAUUGCUUUUAAAAAACUGUGUACAAUGUCUCAAUAUUGUAUUGAAUUUUUAAAUUGGGUUGAUGAUUUCAAAUACAUGCAUGAAGAGUGUAUGUUAGGCCUCAUUUUGGCUGAAACAAUCUUUUUUUUUUUAAUUGGAACAUUCUUUGGUUUCCACAUAAAAAAAUCAUACAAUUUACAAUGUUUAAUUAUUUUGUGUGAACAAUGCUGAUAAGAAUUUUUACUAACAGGAACAUUAAAGUGACUCUUGUUCUCGGUAAGAAAAAUGAAAAUGAAAAAAAAUGUCAUAGAUAUUACAGAGAAUGUAUACGUUACAUUUAAGAAUUGAAAUAUUAACUGUUAUGGCUGAUAAAAAAAUGUCCAUUUGUUCAUUGAUAAUAAUUGUCAAUACAAAUGGGUAAAAUAAAAUGUUUCAAGUUUCAAACAAAAUAUGGAAAAUAGGUCUAUUGCUAACAUGAUGUUUGAAAAUACCAUUUGAAGUACUUCAGCUUCAUAAGUGAAGUGGUAGUCAGUUUUUGCUUUCCAAGGUCCCAGGGUCAAAUGCUGGGUACACAUUAUUUUUUAAUCAAUUUUUUUACUUGCUAUUAUAAUGAACUUUUUAAAGACUUUUCCAAGUGGUUAAUUUUUGUUUUGGAAAUACAUUUUAAGACUUUAAAAAAAUCCAUGAACAAGACUAUUAAAAAGCUGUUUCAGGAUUUAUGAAUGACAUUACUGCAUAUGCUUACGUUAAAAUAAUGUGUGUUCAGUAAGGCCGGUGUGAAAUCUUAUGUAUGUUAUCCAUGCAACUAUAUUGUCACUCUGUUAUUCAUUUGUUACGUAUGCCUUUCACCAUGUGCCCCCUUCAAUUUCAAUGAAUUUUUGCUCUGUCGUGUUUUUGUGAAAAUUGCUACAGAAAUCAAUGACAAGUAAAUUGUUAUUGCCUUCUUCGGUUAAUUAGCCCUUUACCACUUAGAUACAUGACCUUUCUUACUAGAUUCAAGUUUUAAAGGCUUCAUUUUCAACCCUUAGAUACUAAUGAGCAGCAAACAGCAUAAAACCUGAACAGGCUGCAAGUUACUCUCUGGCUGUUCUGGUUUUAUGCUGUUUGCACAAAGCCUUUUCACUUUGCUUCUAAGAGGGAAAGGGUUUAGGAAUGCAGAAAUAAGAAGUUUAGUAUAAGCCACAUUAAGUCGUAGGAUUUAUAAAACAAGAAGAACUAUUUUGUUCUCUUAGUUGCUAUAGAAACAGUGCAUGCUGGUAGUUGUAGGACCUUAUGUCUUUCUUUUUGUCACCAUGGAAAUGCUAUGGGCUUUCCCAGCAGAUUCAUGAUAAUGGUAUGAUUUUAUACAUUGCUCAUUACUGUCUCAAAACAGGCUGUCUUUGAUACAUCUACAUCAAAUUUUGCUUCAUGAAGCAUGUGUUUACUACCAAGCAUAUACACAAUUCUGUAUACAAAAGUAAUGUAUUCAUUUACAAUAACUCUGUUAGAAUCUCUAAAUGUAUAAUAAAAUAAAAUAUAUAGUUUACUAAAGAAAUACAUAUUAAAGAAGUUAUAUUUUCAGUGAAUGACUGUUGGGUAUGUAAAUACAUAUUCAUGAAGCAGACAAUUGUGUGUUUGUUCGAUGCUAUUUGUUACUGAAGAUAACUGCAUUUGUGUUUUGUUUACUUAUGUAUUAUUGCAUGUCAUCUAGCUGUUUCUUUUUAUUUUUCAUGAAAAUAAAUGUUAUAAAAGA